GAGUGUGUAGAGCUGAGCUGCGCCGCUUUGAUGUUGAUAUUCAGGCAGGAUGCGAUGCACAGACAGCGUUCAUCAAAACAAUGUCCGGCUGAAGUUUCCACUCGGCUCCGCUUCGCUGUCGGCUUCCCGGUUAAAUUUCUACGACUGCUCGCGAGCCCGAAUAGUAUCUGUUUCUGGUUGGUACCGGGUCUAGACAGCAAGCUGCCUCUGUGGUUGGAGUAGCCAAAUCAAAAGCUUCAUGGGGAUUGGCUGUUGCUGCUGGAAGUUUACUUCCUGUUUCCAGCCUUGAAGGAAUUAUUGACGGACUGUCCUGAGUGUUAAAUCAGCCUGAACACACACACACACACACACACACACACACACACACACACACACACACACACACACACACACACACACACACACACACACAGUUUUGGCAGGAUAAUAGCCUCCUGAUUGCCACCCUGUAAUCACAUCUGCACUCGGGCACACACACAUCUGUUCUGCAAUACACACACCAAGCCGGGCACUCAUCUGCCGUAUCGCGUGGACACGCACCGGACCCACCUGUCAGUGAUGACAUCACACAGCCACCAAGAGGGGAUCCUGGGAAAGGAGCAGCCGCUGGAGCUUCUGAAGACAUCAGCCCUCAACCACAUCCCAACAGUGGACAUCAACUCGGCGCUGCCCCUGCGUCUCCCUCCAGCCGCCAUUCCCAUGGACCUGCGCGUGGACCAUCACCAGCACCAGCAACAGCAGCAGCAGGUGUCCUCGCUCUCCCCGUCCGGCCAGCAGUCGUCCGGCCUGGCCGGCGGCGUGGUGGGGGCCUCGGUGCGCGAGCAGCAGCUGCAGCAGGAGCUGCUGACCCUGAAGCAGAAGCAGCAGAUCCAGAGACAGAUCCUCAUCGCGGAGUUCCAGCGGCAGCACGAGCAGCUGUCCCGCCAGCACGAGGCCCAGCUCCAGGAACACAUUAAGCAGCAGCAGGAGCUUCUGGCGUUGAAGCACCAGCAGGAGCUGCUGGAGCACCAGAGGAAGAUGGAGAACCACCGUCUGGAGCAGGAGCUGGAGAAACAGCAGAGGGAGCAGAAACUGCUGCUGCUGAAGAACAAGGAGAGGGGACAGGAGAGUGCCGUGGCGAGUACUGAGGUGAAGAUGCGGCUCCAGGAGUUUGUCCUGAACAAGAAGAAGGCCCUGGCCCAGCGGAGCCUCAACCAAGGGGGCCUCCACAAUGACGCUCCCUUCUGGUACCGAAAAACCCAGCACAGCUCCCUGGACCAGAGCUCGCCUCCACAGACUGGUGUGUCCACCUACAACCACCCUGUGCUGGGUGUAUACAACCCCCGGGAUGACUUCCCGCUGCGAAAGACUGCCUCGGAGCCCAACCUGAAGCUGCGCUCCAGGCUGAAGCAGAAAGUAAGCGAGCGGAGGAGCAGUCCGCUGCUGCGUCGUCGAGACAGCCCCAUCGCCACGGCCAAGAAACGCUCGCUCGACAUGGCAGACUCUGCAUGUAGCAGCGCCCCCGGCUCAGGCCCAAGCUCCCCAAAUAACAGCUCCAACAACAUCCCCAAUGAGAACGGCAUCACUGUGUCAGUCUCCAACAAUAUGGAGACGUCUCUGGCCCAGAGGCUGUGCGGUGGUGCUGAGCGUGGCUCCAUUAACCAGCUGUCCCUCUACACUUCACCAUCUUUACCCAACAUCACCCUGGGGCUGCCCGCCACUGCCACGUCCACUGCUGCUUCCAAUGUGACAUCGGCCCAGCAGGAUGGAGGUCUGCAGCCGGCCCUCUCCCUCAGCCCUCCCUUCCUCUCCGGCGGCCACUUGACCCCCUACCUGGCUGAGGCCGGAGCGGGAACAGGCGGGCACGGCGCGCACAGUCCACUGCUUCAACACAUGGUGCUCAUGGACCAGAGCCCGGCACAGAGCCCCCUGGUGACAGGUGUGAGCGGCCUGUCCAUGUCGCCAGCAGCAUCCAUGGCCAAGCUGCAGCGGCAGCACCGGCCACUGGGGCGGACCCAGUCGGCCCCUCUGCCCCAAGGGAGCGCCGCGCAGGCUCACGCCCAAGCCCUGGCCCUGCAGCAGCUGGUGGUGCAACAGCAGCACCAGCAGUUCCUGGAGAAGCACAAGCAGCAGUUUCAGCAGCAGCAGCUCCACCUCAACAAGAUGAUGACCAAGCCCAGCGAGUCACCCGUGGGCCGUCAGCACCAGAGCCACCCGGAGGAGACAGAGGAGGAGCUGAGGGAGCACCAGGACGGCGGAACUCUGCCGCCGGGGGUCACCAUCAAGCAGGAGCCCCCCGACCCGCAGGAGCUGCAGGAGGAGGCGCUGCAGCAGCACAUGGAGCGGGAUAGGCAGGUGGAGCAGGAGCUGCUCUUCAGACAGCAGGCCCUGCUGUUGGAGCAGCAGCGGAUUCAUCAGCUGAGAAACUAUCAGGCCUCCAUGGAGGCUGCCGGCCUGCCCAUCUCCUUCCCAGGACACCGGCCCCUGUCCAGGGCCCAGUCGUCUCCAGCCUCAGCCUCCUCCUUCCCAAUCAGCGUCCCGGCCCCCGAUCCUCCCGUCAAACCCCGCUUCACCACAGGCCUGGUGUACGACUCUCUGAUGCAGAAGCACCAGUGUAUGUGUGGAAACACCAACAGUCACCCGGAGCACGCAGGCCGGAUUCAAAGCAUUUGGUCUCGGCUGCAGGAGACCGGACUCCGAGCGCAGUGUGAGUGUAUUCGUGGGAGGAAGGCCACUCUGGAAGAGCUGCAGACGGUUCACUCUGAAGCCCACGUCCUGCUGUACGGAACCAACCCUCUCCGACAGAAACUUGAUUGUUCAGUCACUCCCAUGUUCGUACGACUACCGUGCGGAGGGUUGGGGGUGGACAGUGACACCAUUUGGAACGAGGUCCACUCCUCCAGUGCGGCUCGACUCGCUGUGGGCUCUGUGGUGGAGCUGGUUUUCAAAGUGGCUACUGGAGAGCUGAAGAAUGGUUUUGCUGUGGUCCGCCCUCCUGGACACCACGCAGAGGAAAGCACUCCCAUGGGUUUCUGCUACUUCAACUCCGUGGCCAUCGCAGCCAAACUGCUGCAGCAGAGACUCAACGUCAGCAAGAUCCUCAUCGUGGACUGGGACGUUCACCAUGGCAACGGCACCCAGCAAGCGUUCUAUGAUGACCCCAAUGUCCUUUACCUGUCUAUUCAUCGCUAUGACGACGGCAACUUCUUCCCUGGAAGUGGAGCACCCGAGGAGGUGGGCAGUGGGCCCGGGGUCGGGUUCAACGUUAACGUCGCUUUCACUGGAGGCCUGGAUCCACCCAUGGGAGAUGUCGAGUACCUGGCUGCCUUCAGGUCAGUGGUGAUGCCCAUAGCCAAUGAGUUUGCCCCGGACAUCGUGCUGGUCUCCUCUGGCUUCGACGCCGUGGAGGGACACCCCCCACCCCUGGGCGGCUACACUCUGACGUCCAAAUGUUUUGGUUAUCUGACCAGGCAGCUGAUGACCCUGGCUGGAGGCCGGGUGGUCCUGGCUCUGGAGGGGGGUCACGACCUCACCGCCAUCUGCGACGCCUCGGAGGCCUGCGUGGCCGCCCUGCUAGGCCAAGAGCUGGAUCCGCUGCCAAAGGCCAUCCUGGAGCAGAGGCCCAACGCCAACGCUGUUCGCUCUCUGGAGAAAGUCUUGGAGACUCAUAGCAAGUACUGGUGCUCGGUGCAUCGCUACUCACCGCUGCUGGGACUUUCCCUGCUGGAGGCCAAGCGAGGAGACUCGGAGGAGGCUGAAGCUGUCAGUGCCAUGGCCUCGCUGUCCGUGGCCAACACCAACGCCAUGGAUCAGAGCAGGACCGAGGAGGAACCCAUGGAAGAGGAGGAACCACUGUAACGGAGGCAAACGUGAGGGCGUCACGCUGUUGAUCAUUGACCUCUCCGGAGAAGAGUCUCGACUGAUCCCUUCUUUUAGCCCCCCUAACCCCACUCACCGCGUCAGUCACCUUGAUUGGCAGCCCCUUGGUCAAAACGAGGGAGAGGGGGUGGGCUCAGCCUCAGUGUAGGGAGCCAAUCAGGAGACAGAGGACUGAAAUGGGGGAAAAAAAAUUAAACAUAACAGCGCUGCUUGGCGGCACUCGCUCAGAGACACUCAUUUUUUUUUCUUUCAGUCUUCACGCACCCCGACUUUAGCCCACAGCGGCUAACCAAGUGACCACGGCAGCGGGGAGUGGGCGAGUGGAUGUGGAGAUGGGUGGGGGUGGGGGGGGGGGCGUGAUCAGGUCUCGUCAUAGAAAGGUGUGAUGAACUGGGGAAACAUACGGUGCUUUACACAGCUGACCACAAGAAUACCAGGGACAGCAGACCUUCCUGGCUGUUUAAACACAGCUCAGGAGUUUUCCUCUCCUCUUUUUCUCAUCUAUUUUUCCCGACAAAAACAAAAGGGCAUCGUGGCAACUGAGAUAAUGUUUCACAAGAUGCGUUCACUGUGGACUUUGGUUGGCCGAAGUUUGAGUAGGCUCUUACAAAGAUUUGAUAACAAGACUGUGGCCUCGCCGGACCAGCCUGUCGUUGAAGGUUGACGAGUGAGAGGAGUGCCUUGGUGAGGGUCCGCUGGAUUUCAGGAUUGUUCAGGAAAAGAUUGCCUUAAGAUUUCUUUUCUCGCCAAGGAAUCGGUGCGAGGGAAGGAGACGGGAGAGUUUCCGGUCCUAUUUCAAUGGGGCGAGAAUGACAAAAAUAAAGCAAACAAUCUUUCAGCAUGUUUACUCGGAACGUGAUGAAGACACCAUUUACGUCUCUCACAGCCUCUCUUAAAGAGUUACUUUACUUUUGGAUGGAUCUAUUUUUGUGUAAAAAAGGAAAAAGCGCUUUGUAAAGGUAGUUGCCAGCUUCAGUAGAAAACCAUGCAAACAUGGAGACCUUCAAACAAGUAAAUUAGAUUGAAAACUGUCAAAAAAUUAAAAAAAAAAAAAAAAGAAGGUUUUAGCCUUUGAUGUAGCUUCCCUUUAACUGAAGUCAGUGCUUUGGAAACACAAUAAAGCAUGCAUUUGAGCAGAGAGAUCAGACAUUUUUGCAAGAUUUUUGAAUGUUAUCCAAAAGAGAAAGCCAAGCAAGAAAAGCCAAAGCAUGAGUUUGCAUAUACAGUAGUACUUUCACUCCACUUAGCUGGCAAGUCGACAAACAUUUCUCGCAUUGGUCUUUUCGGAACAGGCUCCCAGGACACAGUUCAAUGUUUACUAGUUUAUUCUUCACACAUCAAGUGAGCAUUUCUUUCCACGUGCCGAUCGGCCUCCCAUGUUCUGCCGGUUGGCAACUACCUUGGUUGCUAGUGUGAGCUGAACAUUAGUCUUGUACAUUGAAUUGAAUACAUUUUGAGAGGCAGUCAUCGAGGAUUGCCCGUUUGUAUCUACAUGUUUGAUUUCCACAUCGAGUUGUCAAUUUAUAAUAUCAAAUAUGUGUUUGGUAAACGUGUCUACUUUUUUUUUUUUCUUUUUUUAUUGUGUAAGUUUAUUUUUCUAACUUUUUUCAUCCAUAGAUUUGGUUCCGUGUUUUUAUCCGUUUUCUGGAUAGUUAUAGGGCUGCCAAUCACAUAUACAGUGUCACUUCUUCAACACUUUAUUUCUCGUAUUUAUCAAGCAUAAGGAGCAACACUUGCUUUCUUUCUUUCUUUCUUUCUUCUUUCUUUCUUUCUUUCUUUCUUUCUUUCUUUCUUUCUUUCUUUCUUUCUUUCUUUCUUUCUACGGCGCUCUUGGCCUUUCUGCAUUUUCAUCAAUUGUGUAUUUUUAACAUGUACUGUUUAUAGGAGAUUUGUAUAUGGAAAAUGUAUAAAUGUACUCUAACUAAUGACAGCUAUGAUAUUGUGAGCGAAAAAUCAGUACGGCGUAUGAUAUCACUGCGUCCACUUUUAGAAAAAGCAGCAUAUUUAACUCAUCAUCGACUGCACUGUUUUCAAGUUGCCCCUUAAGUGAAACGUGCUACACACCGCAGCACCGCAACGGACACCUUCAGAGUAAAACGUUUAAUCACUUUGUUGCCUAAUUGAUACAUUUCCCUCCUGUGCGUGGGCGAUAAUGCACUUCCCCUUCGACUGUGACAACACCACGCAUCCAGAAAGACGUUGAGAGGCCGUUUUAUGUAGCUAGCUGAGUUCUGCUUGGCGGGUAAAGGAAAGGAGGGGACACGGAAAAGGGGAAGAAGUGACUAGUUUUCGAACAUCAGCCGAUAAUUAAAAAAUGUCUUUCUGAGCAUGUAUUACCCUAUCACGUUUGACUGUCCAUAACAUCAGUGUCUCCUUCUUCCCGUCACCUGAUCUGAAACCAGUAGCUGAUCACACUACGUUCAAAUUAUCCUCCAUCUGUCAACUGCUCUGUUCCACCGGAUUCAAGCCAACUGCCAUGUUUCUUUUAAGUUAAUAUCAUUUGAUAAACUUGUAAAAAUGGAGAUUAAGUUGAUAUUAUUACAUGUCUAACAAACAUUCCACUUGUUACUCGUUGAAUUCGGCUUAAUUUUUUUUUAAAGUUUUUUUGUGGAAACUUUAAGACUGCUCUUUUUUUGCCAUCUGCUCGCGCCAACUUAAACUCUUUGCAUGGUUUGUGAGUCCGCAUGCCUGCUUGUCUAUGUUACAAAAAUGUAUUUGCACAAUAGAAGAAGAACACUGGAGGACUUUAAAUUAUAACAAAAAAAAAAAAAAAACUCCCCUGGCACCUCCCAAGAGCACCAGGCAGGACGUUUUCUUCCUCUCUGGUGUGCAAACAAUUCAAAAGACUUUGUCCGAAUAACUCCACUGCGGAACAUUUGAUAUUGUUCUUAUUGAAUAUGAUUUCCAAUAAGUGAUUUUAACAUGACUCAGCACUUACAACAUGUAUGGACUUUGUUAAAGAGAAACAUGCUCUGCCAAACCUCUGCUACAUCCACACCUUAAAAA